GCCAAACUUCUAGAUCUCAAAUUUUAAAAAAAAACAUAAAAAAGAAAAAUCAGAAUAUAGAAACAAAAAUCAGGAAAAGACAAGCACAGUUCAUCGGCGAGCAGGGGAGAAAGAAGUUACCAUCUUUGCCGCCGGAACCGAUACCACCUCUCCCGUCGCAAAUCUUCACCGGAACAACACUGAUUGGGAAGAAAAUCACCUUUUAAUUGGUGAGGCACAAAAUGAGGGAGGACAGUAGCAUCUCACUUUACCGGGAUAGGCUGGAUAAGACACUUUCUUGUCAUGAUCUUACUGAUGUGGAGACACUAGGGACACUUGUUAAGGAUCAAAUUUUACGUUCAUCAGAAGUGGAGAAUGAAGAUUUUAUCAACAAUAUUGCAGAAACGAGAACCAAAGAAGUCUCACAUUUUCUUGGAAUGUUAAGCAGUGCCUCUGUGGAUGAUGUUCAGAGGUCAAAGUACAGUGAGGCCUCACAUCGUGGUUGGAAAGUGAAACAGGAUACUGAAGAAUUUCGCGUUAUGUAUAGAGAAGGACCAGAAGGCACUCCAUUUCAUACCCUACUUGUUGAAGGCUAUGUGGAUGGGCCUUUAGAUGUUUGCCUAUGCAUCUCGUGGGAGGCGGGCUUGUAUCCAAAAUGGUGGCCACAGAUUACUGUUCCAAGUUUCAAGCUCAUCUCGUCUCAGUGUCUGCAGAAGGUCAGAAUUGGUGAACAGAUAUGUUUAGUCAGACUGAAGAUUUCAUGGCCAUUGUCAACAAGGGAGGCUAUAAUCCAUUAUUUUGAGUUUGAAUACUUACGAGAUGAUCUGGUUGUGGUGCUUUUGAACUCGAUAUCUGACUUGGAAAGCAUUGAUAUAAGUUCUCAUGGUUUCACUCGAGAUGGGAUACCUGAUGCACAAGAUGUAAUCCGGAUUGAUGUGGUGGGAGGUUUUGCUCUACAGAAAGUGUCUGCAAAUAGAUCUUACGUGCGGACAAUUGCAAACAUGGAUGUUAAAUUGGAUUUCAUUCCUCCAGCACUCAUUAAUUUUGUUUCAAGGCAGAUCUUAGGAAGUGGUUUCAGGCUUUUUAAAAAGGAGGUUGCUUCAGUUGCAAAAGGUGAUGAAGAUUUUGCCAAGGCUUUGAAAGAUCCACUGUAUGCUUAUGUUGGCCAAUCCUUUUACUCAAAUGGUUUAUCUACCAAGACUCCUCAACCAGCUGAAAUGAAUAAUGAUACAUCCUGCCUGCUUAAAGAACAAUUGGAAGAGAGAGAAAAUGUCAGCAGUAGUCAAGAGAUGGUUCAUAAUCACGACUCUGCAGUUAAUUCCCAAGCUGGGGAUUCGUUUGUUGAAGAUAAAAAAUUAUAUGGUGAGAUUGAGGAGAUCAAGGAAAAUGAUAGUGAGGGAAGUCAAUGUUUGGCUGAAUUAGAUAACAAUAGUUCUAUUAAUUUGCCCACAAAUCAAAUUGAUUCUGGAUUUUCCACCGACAAUAAGAAAGUAGUUAUUCAUCCGGAGGUUGAACAAGCUUUGAGAAUAUUGGAUGAUGUAAUCUCCGUUUUCCAAGAAUGCAGACCAAAUCAUGAAACCAGGAUUUUGCCUGGCAGCCCUAAAGAAGAAUCACAAUAUUUGGAAAAUAACAAGUCCAGAGAGGCAGGAUACUCGGAGGCCAAUCGAAUCUGCAAAAAUACCGAGGUACGUGGUCAGCCAACAGAAAAGGAAGAUCCAGAAGCGAUUGGUUCAUAUGAACCCAGGAAUAGCUCUAGUAGCCAUUGUAUCAGACAUACAGGAUCCAGUACGUAUUGCAGGUAUGCCAACCAUAAUAAAAUAGCUCCAGCAUCGCAGGAUUUUUCUGGCCCUUGUGAGAUUGACCAUGCUGUUUCACUUUCAUCUCAAAAUCAGAGAAUGGAAUUAACUCUUACAGAGAAGGCAACAAAUGAUGAGGAUGUAUUCAGUCCUGAUGCCAAUGGUGUUGGCGGAGAUGAGGCGAGAAGAAGUAAGAACAGGAAAAUUCGGUUCUGCUGCCUCAGCUCUCUUUCUUGGCAGUAUCAGCUUGAAAACUAAGUAGAGCUGUCCGAUGCUGUAAUCUGUGUACCAUUUAUCAUUAAAUUAACAAAGUACUUAGCAUAAUUUUUUGUAAUUACCAGAUAAUAAUAACAGUGUAGUAUCAUUAAUUAUGAGUUUGUUGCAGAGGUUGAAAGAAAAUAGGAAAUGCACCACAAGUGGGCUACUCCUGCAGUUGCUUU